AUGGGAAAGAACCAAAUCACUAUCAACGAUAGUACUAUUCAAUCCCAAGGAAUUUGUGAAAAAAAAUUCAAAAUAGUGAAUAUAAAACCAGUUUCUCUUGAGUUAAAUCGCCAGCAACUUCCAUCGCAAGGGACAUAUCAGAACUUGUCUUCUGACUCCAACAUGGUCCUCGUAGAAUAUAAUCACAUUGGAGGAGACAUGAAUAGUGCAACAACUCACAAGUUUAAGACUGAACCAAUGAAAGCUAUGAACAAGUCCUCUAUAAAGAACAAUAUGAUCUCUAUAGUUCAUCAUCAUCAAAUAAAUGAAUUAGAUGAUAAUGAAAGGUUUUCUAAUUAUAUUGAUCAUGUGAAAAACAAGAUGAGAAAUAUGUCUAAUUUUGAUGAUGAUCAUAAAGUCACUCAUCAUAACUAUAUUAUUGACCGCUCCAAGAUCAACAUUAAUUAGAAGUACUAUACACAGAGUUAUGUAUGAAUAAUUUUAUCAUAUGCUUUAAUUAAAUAAGGAGAGUUUUGUUGAGUGCUAUAUAUAAAUUGAUUUUUAUUAUA